AUGCUCAUAGUUUAUAAUUAUGAUGAUUAUAUUUGUCGUGAUUUAUAUGAUGAUAUUUAUGAAAUAACCUAUCUUAAAGAUACUUCAAGACGUUAUUAUACAAUUUAUGACGAACCAAUAACUUGUGUUAGAGAUACUUCACGACGUUAUUAUACAAUUUAUAAUGAUCCAAUAACUUAUGUUAGAGACUCUUCACCACGUUAUUAUACAAUCUAUGACGAACCAGUAACCUAUGUAAGUUACGAAUAUAAACCUGUUACAUAUUUACAAACAACAUAUGACAUUUGUAUAUAA